AUGGUUAAAACUGAAGAGUUAAAUCGGAAGAGAAGUUCGGCGAAGAAAAAGUUCGACGACGAGGUAAAAAGCUUCAAAUUUGUGCUAAAAGCUCGCCCAGAAAUACAUAGUCUUGAAGAGGCUUUUGGCGAAGUCAAGGUGAAAUAUAAAGCUGUAAGAGAAAUACAUGAUGGAAUUACCGAUUUAAUGGUUGAAGCUGACAUUGAGAAAGCCGAUUUUACAAACCAUGAUAUUUUUGUUACGGAACUCAUUGCAUAUGGCGAUUUACUCUCAAAGUUAGAAGAAUAUCGACGAAAAUGUGAAGUAGAUCAAACAUCAAAGGGACUACCGACUAAAAUGGAACCCAAACAAAAGGGGUCUAAUCUGGAGAGAAUCAAGGUACCAUAAUUUUCUGCAAACAUUAAAACUUAUCGAACAUGGAAAAAAUUUUCGAGCACACUAUGAAGAGAAAUUAUGAAACUGAAGGAAGUCAACAUUUGGAGACGACAAAGAGUUGAUUAAAAUUUUGAUGAAUGAUAGCAAAACAAUGAAAACUUUGAAGGUCAAAGAUGCAAAGUCGAUUCGGAAUUUGGUCGCAACAGUUCGUGGGUUUAUUCUCAGAAUGGAGGUUGUUGGAGCAUCUGACGAAGCCAAAAUUAGAUGUGUGUUUGCUGAUAUUCUGGCGAAAAUGACGGUAGAAGAUCAAAGAGCUUACGCACGGAGUAUGAUUGAUACAAAGCAGAUUGAAAGCCUGCAUACCUUGUUGGAAUACCUAGAAGAAGAGGCAAAAAUAAUGGCAAGUAGUCAAUCGGAUCAACCCUCUUAAAAAAUUGGGAUUUAUCCAGUUAAUGUGGACGGUGGUUAAAAUGGUGGUUACAAUUGUGCUUUGGGUUGUUCCCAACAACAUGGUUUAGGUUAUUGUCCAGCAUUUAAGAAGAUGAGAGUGAAAGAAAAGUGGGAAGUGGUGAUUCAGUCCAAGAGAUGUAAAAAAUGUCUCCGAACUGCCGAACUGGACACCGAUACCAACAGUGUUCGCGAAAAGCAUGUGAUAUGAACAGUUGUGGAAGACCACAUCAUUACCUAUUGCAUAAAGAUCCAAAACAAGUGGACAAUGGCAAGCUGAACCCUGAUGCACAACCAUUCAAACCAGAUCAGGAGGAAGCUGCAGGCACGGGUUUCAAGUCCAAUCAGGUUGGUGCUAUUUCAGCUGGUAAAGCAGGAACUGCAAAUGUACCAACUCAAAAGUUCAAAGUGUACAGUGCCGAUGGGAACUUUAUUGAGGGACUUGCCAUGGUUGAUAGUGGUUCUAAUAAGAGUCUCAUGCGGAAAGAAUUUGCGGACUAACUCGGUUUGGUUGGAGAAUCAAAAAAGAUAAAGAUGUAUGUUGCAGGCGGUGGAAUUAGAGUUGAAGAUUCUGCUGAGUUUGAGUUAAAGAUAUUGCCCUGUUAUGAUGAAGAUAUUGUAUUUUAUGUGAGGGCUUAUUCAGUCAAGCAAACGUGCCAAGCAGCCAAAACUAUUUCAAAGAAAGCGGUAGUCAGAUACAAUACAAUACAAUACAAUAAUUUAAUGAACACUCCCCAAGGAGGCUUUUCAGUGAUCAUUUACAAUAAGUAAUAAACUAAUUAUGUACAAGACGAAAUACUAGUCCUGAGAUAGUAUAAACUGAUUUAGUAAUUGAGUUUUCAUUUUUUGCUUAAAAAUAUGUACAGAGCCACUUAAUUUUAAAGAAGUUUCUAGUGAGUUCCAUAAACUUACUGUACGGUAAUAAAAGGAUCUUUGGCCACUAGCGGUCUUAUACAGUGGAAUAUUCAGCAACUGUGAGCUUCUGGUAGUCCGCUUACUCACGUCACAUCGUUUAAUAAACUGACUAGACAAAUAAGAUGGAGCAUGGCCAUUCAUACAUUUGUACGCCAGGAUCGCAUCUCGAUAAUAAAGUUGUAAUUUAACGGGUAGCCACUUAAGGUCUUUCAAUACGGGAGUAAUGUGAUCGUAUUUACGAGUUCCCGUCACAAUGCGUGCCGCGAAAUUCUGUGCAGUCUGUAGCUUAUUUAGAUUUUUCUCUGCAGUAUUAGACCAUACAGACGAACAGUAAAACAUUUUACUAAAAACUAAAGUGUUAAUUAUUGUAAUAAGUGUUUUCCUAUCAAAUGCAUGCUUCACGCGAUUUAUCUGACCUAAAAUCGACAUGCACGAAGACACAUUUUUUAUAGUAUGCUCAUUAAAACUAAGGGUCUGAUCAAACGUUACACCCAGGUCCUUUACAUGCAGUGGAGGUUGGAUAUCUUUUCCUAACAAUGUUACACGAAAAUCAGAUAGUUUGGAUAGCAUUUGUCGGCUGCCAUAGACCAUUAAUUUUAUCUUCUUUGGAUUCAAGAGUAGACAAUUUUCAAAACACCAGUUACGCAUUCGAACUAGAUCGUCAUUAAUUUCAAUCAUAGCCUUGGUACUAUCGUGUAUUGGAAAUGAGAUAUAGAGUUUACUGUCGUGUACAUAGCAGUCGGGUGUGCAGGACCUCGGAACAAGUGGUAGAUCAUUGACAUAAAUAUUAAACAAGAUUAGGCCAAGGAUACUGCCCUGUGGGACUCCGCUUGUAACUAGCAGAGGAUCUGAUAAGGUUGAAUUUAUGUAUACCACUUGAUAUCGAUUUGACAGGUAGCUACGGAACCAUGACAAUCCAGAAGGUGAUAUACCAAUGUCCCGCAAUUUAUUUAAUAAUGUUUGGUGAUUUAUGCUGUCAAAAGCCUUGCUAAAGUCUAACAAUACAACUGCAGUUAAUUUCUUACUGUCAAUUGCUGUUAGAAUUUCAUCAGUAACUUUUAUCAGAGAUGUUUCGGUAGAAUGGUCUUUUUUGUUUCCGCUUUGCUUCGUAGAAAGUUUCCCAUUUAAAACUAAAUAAGGCAUCAACUGAUUCAAUGCUGAUCGUUCACAUAUCUUUGAUAAUACAGGUAGAAGUGAGAUGGGACGGUUGUUCUCUGCUUCUUCGUGAUCGCCUUCCUUUAAGACGGGCAAAACCUCAGCCUUCUUCCAAGUACUUGGAAACUGGCAUGUAGAACAUAAAGACGCAUUGACGAUUGAGGUGAUAGGUAAAAGGAUUGCAGGGAGGCUAUCUUUAAUCACGCGUAUAGGUAUUUUAUCAUGGCCAGGUGCCUUAUUCAUUGGCAUUGAGCGAAUAACAUUCUCGAUUUCUCCGCUGCUCAUCGGCUUAAAGAAAAAUUGUUCAUCAUCUGGGUAUUCUUGAGUGGGGACUGCUGGUUGUGUUAAGUCAUAAUUAGAUUGAGCGGCCAAGGAAUUUAUUUGUUCAAAAGUUAUUUGGCCAAGAGUCGUAAAAUAAGUGUUAAACUCAUUUGCAAUGAUCUUUUCAUCUCUAUUAUAGGACUUCUGUCGCGUGGUUUGUUUUGGGAUACAAGAUCGUAUUGUUUUCCAAAUACUUCUUUUGUUGUUGGGAUUACUCAUUAUUUGUUCCAUGACAUGCUCUUGUUCGGCUAAUCUAAUUUCUCGCCUCACUUCCUUCUUAAAAUUUCUAUAAGCCGCCCAAGCUAAGGUGUCAUUUGUUUGUCUAGCCAAUUUCCUCCAGUGGUCUCUAGUUUUCAUGAGACAGCGAAUUUUUUCAGUUAUAAACGGGUUUUGUCGACCUCUUACUUUAACUCUUUUGAUAGGAGCGUGCAAGUCCAAGAUAUUAUUCAAUAUCAGGUUAAAUGCAUUAAGCUUGUCGUCUAUAUCAUCAAAAACAUUUAUAACCGACCAAGGUGCGUACGACAUAUCUUGAGAAAACGAAUUGGGAUUAUAUUGUCGAAAGCUUCUG